UGAGUGAGUGAGUGCAGCACUGCAGCUGAAAGCAAAGCAGAAGCUUUUACCUUGCCAACCAUUGACUAGGCCUAUUGACUAUAUUGGAAAUUAGAUACUGAAGUAGCCGACUGUAUUUCAAAAAGUUUACUAUAAAGGAGGUUUGGAUACAGUUUGCUUCCCAAUAUUCCUACCAGCUUCAAUCAUGCACUCAGAUGAAAGAGUUGAGGAAGAGCUGGAGGCGCUUCAAGCAAUAUUAAUGGAUGAAAUACUCAUAAAAACAGAUGAUAGAGGUACAGCUGUAGCAGUAGAGACUACAGUUUACCCUUGGACAGCGUUGGACACACAACAACAGUAUGUUCGGGUAGAUCUCUCUGUAACAUUGCCAUCACGCUACCCUGAUGUCAGUCCGACUGUCACAUUGCGCAACCCACGGGGUCUUGACGACUCCGUACUCACUGCAAUUGAGGCCCAGAUAAGGGAAAAAUGUGAGGACUUCAUCAGUCAACCUGUCAUUUACGAGAUUAUAAAUCUGGUAAAGGAGCAGCUAACAACCAGUAACGUGCCAUGCUGCCAGUGCUGCAUCUGUUUGUACGGAUUCCGUCAGGGAGAUCACUUCACCAAGACCCCUUGUUAUCACUACUUCCACUCACACUGCCUAGCUAAACACCUCAGGAUAUCUCGGAGGAUCUUCAAUGAGGAGCAGGACAUGCUUCCAGCAUGGCAGCGAACAGACAGCUUCCAGGCUACGUGCCCUGUGUGUCGAGCCCCAGUGUCUUACGAUGUAGAGACACUAGACUCCGCUCCUCCCCCACUAGACGUGUUGCAGGCAGACAACUUCAAGCCUUCCCCUGAACUGCGUCGACUGCAACAACAGAUGGCAGCCUUGUAUGUGCGGCAGCAACAACGUGGUGGCAUCAUCCAACCAGACAACUCUGUCAUACUGCUAACUGUGAUAUCAGGGAGUAUUGGUUUGGAAAACGAAGCAUGCAUUGGGAAGAACACAUAGAAUACAUAAAUGGAGGACUCUGGUAACGCAGGGGACAACAGAUGACGCUUGUCACCGCUAUCCAAGAAAUACAUCGUCCUGAUAGAUCAGACCUGAUCAGACGCCUCAGGUGCAGUGGCCGUAUUCUAUUAUAAUAUCCAGCCCAGUACAUUACUAUUGUAUAUAAUUUCUUUUACAAUACUUUAUAUGUAGGCUUCAUGCUGACUCUUUGUGAUAGUUUUGUUAUACAUCUCAUUAGUUUGUUAAACUAAGUUUUUGGUAUUUUUAAGUUCUCCUGGGUUCCAAGAACCAUAACUGUUUAAACAGUAAAAUAAUAUUUCCUAUGGAAAAUUAUAACCAAGCAAUAUUUUAUUGUGCUUUAAAAGGGUUUUAUCUUUUAAAAUGUAUUCAAUCUUUUAUUUUUUGUAAACUUUCUCUUCUACUAUGUUGCACAAAUAUUAUAUAUUUUUAUACUUUGA